UCAGCCACCGCUCGCCCAUGCCCGCUUCGUUCCCCAGAGCACAGACCUAGAUCGACUGGACGCAGAGGCCAGAGGACGCAGGCAGCCGCCGCCGCCGCCGCUGGUGACUUCCCUCCGCUCCGCCCUCCCCUGCUCUGCUCGCCUACUCCGCCGCGGCGCUGCUCCCCACCUGCUCGCCCGCUCCGCCUCCGCGGUGCUCGCCUGCUCCGCCGCCCUCCUACGCCCUCCGCCGCCAACCUGGGCUGGUCCCCUGCUGCUCCGGCCUCCGGUGCUCGCCGGCUCGCCGCCUCGACCUCUCCUGCCUCCAGGCGGCCACGCGGCCCCGCCGUAUUCCCUCAAUCCCUCUCAGGACUGCUGCCUCUGCUGACUGCUGCCCAGAAUUGAAAUAAAAGAUGAAGAGAUAUUUUUCAUCCGUGGCCGCAACAGAAGUGCCUACACCCGGAGUUUUAGCAGGGAAUCAAGGGGCCGAGAGGACUGAAGCAAGUCCAGAAAAUGAAACAGCUGCAGAAAUGGGACCACCACCUUCAAUCUCAACUCGAGAAAGCAACGUUUUUGUUAUUCCUGAUUCUGCUCGUGGUCAACUAAGGGAAGGUGAUAUUGAACCUGAUCCUGGUCGUAGGAAACCUAUUGAAAGCUUAGAUCCGGAUAUUAGAGAUGUUGCUAGAAGGAUGUAUGUAAAUAUGGGUCCAUGCCAACCAAGUGGUCAUAAAUUUAAAAAAGAAACUAGAGGAAAUUCUUUGAAAAAGAGAUCCUUUCAAGCUAAAUGGUUCGGGAAGCAUUCUGAUUGGUUGGAAUAUAGUGUUGCUAAGGAGGCAGCCUUUUGUUUCUAUUGCUUUCUUUUUAAGCAACCUAGAGCAGAAAACUAUGGUGUUGAGGCAUUCACAACAGUAGGGUUUAAAAAUUGGAAGGAUGGACUUAGUAUUAUUGAUACACAUGUUGGUAAACAUGAUAGUGCUCACAAUAAAGCUAGACAACAAUAUGUGGCUUUCAAAAAUCAAAGUCAAUCUCUUGUAAAUGUGAUGGAUCGUGGCACCAUAAAGACCCAAGAAGAAUAUAAAGCUCGUCUUAUCAUUAUUUUGGGUGUUAUAAGAUUUCUUCUAUUACAAGCUCUUGCUUUUCGUGGUCAUGAUGAGAGCUCCAGUUCAAAGAAUAGGGGAAAUUUUUUGGAGAUGAUGAGUUGGUACAGGGAGAAGGAUCCGAAUGCUAAGACUUUGCUUGAUAGUGCGGGCGGGAACCAUUUGAUGACUUCACAUGGGAUACAAUUGCAGUCGUGUCAAGCUUGUGCUGAAGAGACCACCAAAGCAAUUAUUGAUGAUAUUGGAGAUAGAAAUUUUUCUUUACUUGUUGAUGAGUCUAGAGAUGCAUCAAUAAAGGAGCAAAUGGCUAUGGUUUUAAGGUAUGUUGAUAAACAUGGGUAUGCGAUUGAGAGGUUCAUUGGGAUUAAGCAUGUUGGUGACACAAGAGCGGCUUCUCUAAAAGCAGCUUUGGAUGCAGGUGGCUUGAUAUCUCAGAUGGAAACUUUUGAAUUUGUUUUCAUAUUGCAUAUUAUGAUCAAACUAUUGGAAAAGACUAAUGAGUUAUCACAAUGUUUGCAAAGGAAAGAUCAAAACAUUGUUCUAGCAGUGAGUUUGAUUGGGAUCACAUUGCGGCAACUUCAAAAUAUAAGAGAAAAUGGUUGGGAUCAACUCUUGAAGGACACAACUGACUUUUGUGUUAAGCAUAACAUUAUAUUGCCUAACAUGGAUGAUACAAUACCCGCUCGGGGUCGUUCAAGGGGGCGUGGUGGUCAAAUGGUAACUUUCUAUCAACGCUUCAGAUAUGAAAUAUUCAAUGUUCUGCUUGAUCAAAUAAUUACUGAGUUAAAUAACCGCUUUGCUGAAAGAUCUACUCAAUUGUUGAGAUGCAUUGCUUGUCUUGAUCCAAGGAACUCAUUUGCUAAUUUUGAUGAAGACAAACUUGUUCAACUUGCUGAGAUGUAUGCUGAUGACUUCUCCAUAUAUGAGAUUUCUUUUGUCCUUAGAAACCAACUUGAAAACUUCAUUGCUGAUGUGAGAGCUGAUUCAAGUUUUGUUAGUUGUAAUGAUCUUGGUAGUCUUGCUGUGAAGAUGGUUCGGACUGAUAGACACAUGGUCUUUCCUUUGGUAUAUCAUCUUAUUGAGUUGACAUUGAUUUUGCCUGUUGCAACCGCAUCAGUGGAAAGAGCUUUCUCAGCUAUGAGUAUUAUCAAGACUGAGUUGAGGAAUAAGAUGGGUGAUGAUUGGUUGAAUUUUUCCAUGGUCUGCAAUAUUGAGCGAGAAAUAUUUGCAAAGGUUGAUGAUGAUGCUAUUAUAUAUCGCUUUCAAUCCUAUAGAUGUCGCAAAGGAACUUUACCUCGUCGUAGUAGUGUUGGCUCUUCUUCCACCGUUGAUCAAGUUAUGGAAGACGCUGAUGAAGCAAGCCACUGAUUUGGUACUCUUUUUACUGCAUGUACUGUUCGUAGUUUUUGUCAUCUUGUUUUUAUCUAUUUUGUUGUAUCUUUAAGCAUUGAAUUUAAAUUCGAAAUUAUUGGUACAAUUGAGCCAUAUUUGAGGUAGCUAUAGUUUGAUGGAGGUUAA